AUGACUGUCCGUCGUACAAUCAUUGGCAGAGCACUGUCUACGUGGCGGGACUCGGAGAACACUACACAAUAUCUCUACCUCUCCCAAACCCACCACAAUCACCCAUUUAUACCUUAUACUCUGCCACCAAUUCAACUCUCCAUACCUUACUCGACUUUCAUUUACCUCACCAUGCCCAGCAGCAAGACUCCAGGCGGCCAAGCGGCCAGCGCGAAGUUUCAGAAACAACAAGCCCAGAAGGAAGGCCUCGGAGCCGACAACGCCCCAGGCCACACUACAGGCGUCGCAGACACACCGGGCAAAGCAGCCGUAGCCUCGGAUUCCGGCUCGACCAAUGUGGGUGUUGAAGCAGGUACGAACCAGCCUGGCGAGAAGGGCAUAACCGGAAAGCCGGUGGACAGCGCGUUGAGCCAGGGUGGUGGGGCGAAUAUGUCGCAAUAG